AAAAACAAAAAAAUACAAAAUAAAAGAUAAGUAAAAAUAAAAAAAAAUUAAAAAUAAAAAUAAAAAAUAAAAAUAAAAUAAAAAAAAAUUAAAAACAAAAAUAAAAUUAAAAAUAAAAAAUAAAAAAUAAAAAUUAAAACUAAUAAAAAAUAAAAAAUAAAAAUUAAAAAAAAAUUCAAAAAAAUAAACAAUUAAAAAACAACAACAACAAAACUAUUUAAUAACCAAUUCAAUAAUUAAACCACCCAAUUGGAAAUAUGCAAUCACCAACAAGUGCCACCACACAGCGCAACGAAUCAUUGCCUGCCAUCACCAUCAACAACAACAACAACAAUAACAAUAAAGAGGAAUCCACUUUGGAUGACAUACUCAUACGUUUGGGAGAAUUUGGGCGCUUUCAAAUCGUAAUACUUGUGCUUACAUGCCUGCCGGUGCUAUUCAAUGCCGUCUCGUCGGUCACAUAUAUUUUCACAGCUGGCAAUGUGGCGCACAGAUGCAAUAUCACAGAGUGUGAUGGACAACUAAGCGCCUACGAUGAGCCAUGGGUUAAAUAUGCCAUACCUAUGAAGAGUCGUGAUUUGGAUCAGUGUAAACGAUACGCACCCAGAGCAAUUACAAAUUGGACCACUACACGUGAAGAUGAACAGUAUUGUACGGCAGACUUAUUUGAUGACGAAAAGACGGAAGACUGUGCCGAAAAUAAUUUCAUAUUUCGCGACGCUGAAGUGACAAUAUCGAAUGAUUUCGGCAUUUACUGCAAUGAUGAGUGGAAACUGACACUCACCGGUACCAUUAAUAAUGUGGGACAAUUUGUUGGUAUACCGUUAGGUGGCUUAAUAUCGGAUAGAUAUGGGCGUCGUAAUGCACUCGCGCUUGGUGGCGUACUGAGCGCCAUAUUUGGAAUUAUGCGCUCGUUUACUACCACAUACGUGCCAUUUCUGGCCUUCGAGUUCCUCGAUAACGUCGCCAAUAGUUCACUCUAUUCCAUUUGCUUUAUCAUUGGCAUUGAACUGGUGGGCCCCAGCAAACGUGUAUUCGCCUGCAGUAUAAUUACGAUCUUCUAUGCGAUCGGGGAAAUGCUCUUAGCCGUUGUGUCCAUGUACUUUCCGAAUUGGCGUAUUAUGCUACGUAUAUUCUAUAUACCGGCAUUAGCUAUGAUCUCCUACUACUGGGUACUACCGGAGAGUGUGCGUUGGCUGCUAAGUCAGGAACGUGAAACCGAAGCAACGGAUAUAUUGAAACGUGUGGCGCAACGGAAUAAACGUAGACUAUCCGAUCCAACGUUGGAUAAAUUGAUUUUAGCGAAUCGUGAGAAGCUAAGCAGCCAAAUUGGUGGACGUUUCCCCUUGCGUGAGGCAUUCGGCAAGUUAUUCUUUCGUAUUGCAAACUGUUCACUAUCUUGGGUUGUAACGGUGCUGGUCUAUUAUGGACUCAGCUUGAACUCGGUGCUUCUGGGUGGUAAUAAAUACUAUAAUUUCAUUUUGAUUGCGCUUGUGGAAAUUCCUGGAUUUUUCAUACCCUGUCUGACAAUGGAUAGAUUUGGUAGACGAUUUUCGCUUUGCGGUUAUAUGUUGCUCAGUGGUGUAUGCUGUCUUUGCACAGUUUUUGUGGAUUCAGAAAAUUAUUAUCUACAGUUGAGCUUGUUCCUUGUGGGUAAGCUCGCCAUUACCGCAGCGUUCCAGGUUUUAUACUUUUUCACCUCAGAGAUAUUUCCAACGAAUUUGCGUAACAGUUUGAUGUCAUUCUGCUCGAUGGUUGGCCGUUUUGGUUCCAUGGUAGCGCCACAGACGCCUUUGUUGGCUAAAUAUUAUGAAAAUGCACCCGCCAUAUUAUUUGCAGUUUGCGCAUUGGUCAGUGGUUGCUUAUCGCUGCUCUUUCCAGAAACCUCAAAUACAAUUUUACCAACGACGGUACACGAAGCUGAUAAAAUUGGCAAUAAGAAAUCAUCGAGCAAUCCAAAUAGCAGUACAUUUAAUUUAGAGAAUGAAAUUACUUAUAUGUAAUUAGUUAUUUAAAAUUAAUAUUAAUUUUAGAAUUUUAGGAGAAAAAUGAAAUUGUAUAAGU